CCAACAAAACGGGGUGUACCCCUGCGCAAGUAAUCCAAGGCGAAGACACGUGACGUGAAGCCAGCACUGAUUUUACUUAAAUUAUCUUGCUGUUGUUACCUGAGAGGUCGAAUGCGCAUUGCACUGUUCAGGAAGGAAAGACGGGACCUAGGGCAAAUCAUGGACGCAGCCGACUCGGGAAAGGAGCGGAGCCCAACUUCUACGACGAACUAUGAAUACUCCGUCAUUUGAAUGACAUAAAAGUUACAUAUUUUACAUCACAAUGGCAGGCAAUUGUAAACAUACAUCAGGGUUGUCGGUUUAGGAGCUCAAUUCUGCCGGCUGGGUACGCCUGAAAGAGAGACAGACACACAGGCACGACGAAGGACAGGAGGAUAGCAUGUCCACCAUCAAACCCAGCGAGGAGACGAAAGGGAACUACUUCAAGCUGAUCGACUCGUUUGUCUGGGAGAUCGGGAAUCUGAAGAAGGAGAUGGUGCAAAAGGCUGAGGUAGCAGAGGGAGACCCAGAGCCUGUAAUACUACAGGGGCUGGAUAGGGAGGUGGGAGGUCUGUUCCUACAGGCUCCUCCCUGUGUUGGCGUGAGGGCGGGGCUUGCUGGAGCGAGGGAUUCGGGCUACAACUCUUUGCAUAGAAGGAUGAGUGUGCUGGACAGGCUGGUGCAAACGCACGCUGUGUGGCUGCAGCUGGGACUGAGCCAUGCAGAAGCCACAUGCAAACUGCAACCACAGCCCACUGGGACGUUUCUGGUGAGAAAGUCGACUACCCUGCAGAGGAAGGUGAUCUCUCUGCGGAUGCACCAGGACUCUGAGACACCCGUCAAAAAUUUCCCUGUGACGGAGUGUCAAUACACGUUCUCCUUGGAGGGAUCGGGCCUCAGCUUUGCAGACCUGUUCCGUCUUGUGGCUUUCUGCUGCAUCAGCAGGGAUGUCUUGCCAUUCACUCUAAAGCUUCCUGAAGCCAUCUCUGCAGCCAGGACGCCAACAGACUUGGAGGAGGUGGCCAAGCUAGGAGCAGGAUUCUGUGACUCUGAACAUUGCCGUAGGAGGAGUUCUGUCUCCUGGUUGUCCAGGACAACCACCCACGACCAAUCACCUAGCCUGAGGCAGAGAUCCGUUUCCACACCCCUGGUCACCCGCACCCCGUCCCAGCUGGAGUGUUCCCAGUCCAAUAGGGCUCUCUGCUUCAUCAACCCCCUUUUCCUAAAGGUUCACCACCCAGAGGGGGGCAACCACACCCCUCCCUCCUCCACCAGCCACAACAACCCCCAUCACCUAAACAACAACAGUACAACUACAGCUACAACUGUACAAGUACAACAACAGCACUGUACCAGCAACCCAGAGCAACUUAACGACAGCCCUCAACCCCAUAGCGACAGCCCUCAGAGUGAUAGCCCUGGCAACAGCCCCCAGCAUCAUAACAGCUGUGUAAGUGUGAGCGUGAGCCUGGCUAACAGAGUUUCCCGCCCGCCACCUCCUCGCCCCCCACCUCCCUGCUGUGCCCCCCUUCGCCCUGCCUCCCCUCAACGCCAGCACAGCAUGCCUGAUAAAAUAUCCUGGAUCAACCCGCCCAAAGAGCCGGAGAGGGUGGGAGAGAGGGAGAAAGGAGGAGAGAGGGAGAAGGGCAGUAGCCUUCUCUCCCGCCUGGGCUCCUCUCUCAGCAUCAGCCCUUCCUCUCCUUUCCUCUCCUCCUCUUCCUCUUUCCUCUCAUCCACCCCUCCCAAGAAGCUCAGCAUCAGUGCCCCCAUCUCCAUCCCCCUGUCCCUCCCCUCCCCAAGUGACGUCGACUGCCAUCUUGCUCUCGAUGACCAGACUAUUGAGAAUGCCAUAUCUCUCAGUCUGGCUAAGCUGUCUCUGAGAAACACCAUCACCCCCGAUGACAACACAGAGGGAAACAGUCCGUCCACUCAAGACCAAGCCCGCUCCCGCCGAGAGGAAGGAGGAGGAAGUGGAAGAGGCGGAAGAGAAGGGGACUGCGUCCAGCGCCUGAGCGACAUGAGCCUUUCCACCGACUCCUCCACUGACUCAGUAGACUUGUCCCAGGGCUUCUUCCCCCCACUCCCUGAACCCAGCCCACCCACCACAAAUAACCUGGUGCUGCCCCUCCUCACCCACCCCUACAGCAGCAUGGAGGAAGACGAUGAUGACGAAGACGAAGCGGACUUCGGCGUGAGCCUGGAGAACGACCAAGACCAGGACCUGACCCUCACCCCUCCCGGGCAGCGCACCAAACGGCGAGCCAGUGCCGGGGCCAUGGUCAUCCAGCGGGCCCUCAGGGGCCACCUCCGUAAGAUGAGUGGAAUGUUCAACUCCCUCCUAACCCCUGAGAAACGGGCCAUACAGAGAGUCCUGGAGCUGUCCAGGGAUAAGGGCUCAUACUUUGGCUGCCUAGUGCAGGACUACUUGAGCUUCCUGCAGGAGGGAGGGGGCAGCCAGGCCUGGCAGUGCCACACUUCAGGGCUGGAGCUGCUGCAGACGCUACGCCAGUUUAUCACCCAGAUGAAGAGCUACCUGCGGCAGAGCUCUGAGCUGGAGCCCCCCAUCGAGUCACUCAUCCCAGAGGACCAAAUCGACUAUGUCCUAGAGAAGGCCAUGCAUAAGAUAGUCCUGAAGCCCCUGAAAGGUGUGGUGGGGGCGGCCCUCCAGGAGUUCCAGGUCCGCAGCGGGGUGUGGCAGGAGCUCAAGGAGAACCUCUCAUUGGCCAAGGCCCGGCAGCCCCAGGAAAUGGGCGUGGCCAUCGCCUUCCCUCCAGAUCCAGUUGCCAUAGAGAAAAUCCGGCACAAGUUCCACACCAUGUGUAAACUCUAUUCACCUGAGAAGAAGGUGACCAUGCUGCUGCGCGUGUGUAAACUCAUCUAUACCAUCAUGGAGGACAAAUCAGGUCAUCUGUAUGGGGCAGAUGACUUCCUGCCCAUGUUGACCUAUGUGUUGGCCCAGUGUGACAUGCCUCAACUAGACAACGAGAUCCUCUACAUGAUGGAGCUGCUGGACCCCUCUCUGCUCCAUGGAGAAGGUGGGUACUACCUGACCAGUGCAUACGGAGCCAUGUCCCUCAUCAGGAACUUCCAAGAGGAGCAAGCAGCUUGUGUACUCAGCUCUGAAACACGCAACACACUCCACCAGUGGCACCGUCGCCGCACCACGCAGCGCACUGUGCCCUCCGUCGAUGACUUCCAGAACUACCUGCGAGUAGCGCUCCAGAAGCUGGACAGCGGCUGCACGGCCAAAACCCUGCAGGUGCAGCCCUAUGCCACCACUGAGGAAAUCUGCCAGAUCUGCGCCUGCAAGUUUAAAGUUCCCGACCCUGAGAAUUACACCCUAAUCCUGCUCACUGAGGGCUCAUGCCAGCAACUAGCCCCCGACACACACCCCCAGAAGAUCAAAGCUGAGCUCCACAGUCGACCCCAGGCCACACCUUUUCACUUCGUCUUCUGUCGUGUGGCUAACCUCAAUGACCUGCCCGUGACCUCGUUUGAUCCCCAGUCCAACUUCACACUUACCACAGAAUCUGAGCCCAACUUUAAUGGUGUGGCCUUGACCCCUUCUGACCCCCAGCCCAAUCUCAACCUGGGUCCCAGUCUCAGCCUCAGUCUACCCCCCAACCAGCACAAUGGCAACUCCAUAUCUAUCUGAGACUACAGGGCUGGAGAGUUGAAACCCCCCAUCUGGACAACCGUCAUUCUUACUGUACCCCAACAAAACUUGGCGAACUGUGUUUAACUGGACUGAACUGGGCCUAACUGGGUUAAGCUGAGUCAUGCUGAGCUCAGCCAAAAAAAACUUCCCCUUUUGGUGAUUCUUCUUUCUUGCAGGGAAUCCUCUAAGUGUAAAGCUUUGUCUGAGUACAGGAGGAAAGGAGAGAAAGAGGGAAGGAAAUGUGACAGAUGGGGUUAUUUUGCAGCUCUAUUUGUAAACUUUUGGGACAUGGCACACGAGGAGCACACGUGAGGGCAAACGCAACUCGAAAAAAAGAUGGAUAAAGGUUUUGAAAUAGUCUUGUUACAGACACAGACAGUCAGUCUGUGGUCAUAUUCCAAAAGUGUCUGAAUGUGCAGAUUCAGGGUCAGUUUUUGGUUUGUUACUCCUAGUGGUGAAGCAUAGGAUAAGUAAAGGGAAAACCCUAUCCACAGAUCUGAUAUCAGUUAACAUUUAUCUGCAUUGGUUCCCGUCUAGUGAUGUACUUGUUCAGUCCAUUAACUUUUUCUUCAGACUGAAAAUGUGCCUCUUCAGGCAGAAAAGAGCCUACCAGUCUUUAUAGCAAAUAUACAGCAAUUAUUUUAUCUGGGUGAUACUUCUAUUAUGAAUUACUUGUUGCAGUUGCUGGUAAACUGCAUUGUGUGUUUUUAUGGAAUUAAUGUUGUAUCAUUGCUUUUCUUUGUUAAAGUAAAAUGUUAGGAGCAGGCAUGUCUGCCAGUGAUGAAAUGAUGAACUUAAUGUUUUUUUGAUUAUCCAGGAGAUAUGAUAUAAUACUGUACUUCCCUCUUUAGUUAAUCGAGGUCAUCACUGCCGUGUGUGAUCAUAAGAUAUGUGAUUGACUGGCUUGGUGUACGGUACCACCAUCAAAUCUCCGACAAGGUCAUGAAAUAUUGUACUACUGAAAUAAUAUUAAAAGUUGCCUUGUGAAA